AUGGCCUGGUCCGCCCUCAAGCUGGCGCAAGAGCAGCGGAGGUCGGCCAUCAAGAACGCACAGGCACUAGUGGAGAGGGCCCACCGCGAGUACGUGGCGGCGUCCGUGCCCCCCGCGGUGGCCGCGGCGGUGGCGGAGCUGGAAAAACAGCGGAGGGAAGGAUCCACGGAGCCCCCGCCGCCGGCCUACGAGGCGUUCCUGGAGGGGCUCUCGGAGGACUAUCCCCCUCUGUCCAAGAGUAUCCUCGAGGCCUUCGAAGCCUCGCGUUUGAGUCGCGAGGUAUCGUCCAAUAUUGUGGAGGUGUGGGAGGGCACUCGUGAAGCGCUAACUUCCCUAGCCGUGGACACUGCCCUCUCUAGCUCGCUGGAAAGGAGGGUCACGGCUCUCGAGGGUGUUCGAGCAUCCGACCAAGACAUAUGCCAGGGUGGUGCUUGCCUUGUCAAGUAA